AUGGUGCGGCCAUCAGAUCCCAUCGUCAUUCCAGAUGACGACAGCACAGCUUCCGAGGCAUCUGCGGGCAAUGAAGUCAACAAGUCACGCCUGACAAAGCGUAAGCUGUCUACCAAACCAACCAAUUACGAUGACUGGAGCGACGAAUCUGAUGGGAAUCAUGCAACCUUCAAAAAGCGGAAGGCUACCUCUAAGAAACCUAGCACUGUCAAAGGUAAAGAAAAAGCUGUUCCGAGGGGUAGGUCGUCACGAAAACCUGCCGACCGCAAGGCCAAACCGAAUUUAAACGGUAGUACUGCCUCAGAAGAUGAAUCUGCUCUGUCCACAUCGUUGCCUACCUACUUCCAGAAACGUCGUAAGGCCUUCGAUGAGAAUUGCCAAGCUUUUCACGAAGCAGGUCUACGACUGCCGCCAGAUUAUUCAGAUGUGUACUUUUCCGAUGACGAGCGGCUUGCAGAUCUCGAAGAAAAGCCACAGUUUGGAUCCACUAGUGGCAUCAAUCCUUGCCACCCAUACAAGGACAUCAAGAUCGCUGGCGGGCUUAUACCGGCUUCUCUCGCACAAUAUCUGCGAGACUAUCAGAUCCAGGGAGUGCAGUUUUUGUACGACCUUUUCAUACAUCAGCGCGGCGGUAUUCUUGGGGAUGAUAUGGGUUUGGGGAAAACUGUUCAAGUUGCUGCUUUCUUGACUGUCGCCUUCGGGAAAACUGGCGACAGCCGUGACGCAAAACGGAGGCGCACCAAGGAUGAUUGGUAUCCCCGGGUUCUGAUCGUAUGCCCAGGGUCUUUGAUCAAGAACUGGACAAAUGAACUAGAGAGAUGGGGAUGGUGGGUCGUCGAUGUUUUCCAUGGUUCCAAGCGUGACGAUGUUCUUGGUACCGCCCAGGCUGGGAGACUUGAGGUUAUGGUAACGACAUAUACGACAUACAAGAACAGCGCAAAUGAAGUCAACAUUGUGCCUUGGGAUAUCGUCAUCGCUGACGAAUGCCAUUGCAUAAAGGAUCCAGCGGCUGGCAUCACGCAGUCCAUGAAUUUGGUCAACUCAUUAUGUCGAAUCGGAUUGACCGGAACAGCUAUUCAGAACAACUAUGAGGAGCUAUGGGCGCUGCUAAACUGGACUAAUCCAGAUUGUUUUGGCACACUUGGAGAAUGGCAGCGCAUGGUCGCCCAGCCCCUCGCUCUUGGCCAGAGUCACGACGCUACCCUCCACCAGUUGAGCACGGCGCGUACGACGGCGAAGAAGUUGCGAGACAACCUUCUUCCCAAGUUCUUCCUACGUCGCCUCAAGAGUUUGAUCGCCGACCAGUUACCCAAAAAGAGCGAUAAACGAGAGGCAUAUGAGAACAUUCUCUCUAGUCCAAUCGCACAAUUUGUUCUAGAAUCGUUUGACCAGUGCCCAUGCGGCUCAGGCAAUACGAAAGGGCACUGCUGCUUCGAGAUGAAUGCUGAUGGAGAAAAAUGGCAAGCUCUCACCUUCCCUCUCAUUAUAUCGCUGCAGAAGCUGGCCAAUCACUUCAAUCUUCUCAUGCCGCGUACUACCGACCUGGCCGAUAAAUAUCAGAGAGAAAUUCGGAUCCUGCAAGCUGCAGCACCGCGCGAUUGGGAAACACACUAUGCAAGUCGAGACUCAAUCCUCAACCUUGCCAAUCCUGAAUACUGUGGAAAAUGGAAGGUUCUCAAGAAACUGUUGGAGUUCUGGCAUAAGAACGGCGACAAAGUUUUGGUCUUCUCUCAUAGCGUAAGGUUACUCAAUAUCCUACAACAGCUCUUCAACAAAACAUUGUACAACGUCAGUUACCUGGAUGGCUCACUGUCGUAUGAGGAUCGUCAAGGUGUCGUCGAUAAUUUCAAUUGCGAUCCGAAUCAAUUCAUUUUUCUCAUAUCAACAAAGGCAGGCGGGGUUGGUCUCAACAUCACUUCUGCUAACAAGGUCGUCAUCAUGGAUCCGCACUGGAAUCCAAGCUAUGAUCUGCAGGCACAGGAUCGUGCAUACCGAAUUGGUCAAGUACGUGAUGUCGAUGUAUACAGAUUGAUAUCUGUAGGAACGAUCGAAGAGAUCACAUAUGCACGGCAAAUUUACAAACAACAACAGGCCAACAUUGGGUACAAUGCAUCGAAUGAACGUCGCUAUUUUAAAGGCGUCCAACACCAGAGCAAAGGCGAGCUGUUCGGCAUACAGAAUCUGCUGACUUAUAACGGCGACGAAGGCGUCCUUCGGAAUAUCGUGAAUAAAACUAAUGUGGCCGAAGCUAGAGCAGGUGUCAAGAUGAUUGAUAUUAACAUUGAUGAGGUUGCUCAGGCUGCAGAAAAGGAUCUUUCUAUCAAGAAAGAAGGAGGGGCCGAUGAUGAGACUGGGGGUCUAAAGCAGCUCUCUACCAUGCUCACAGCUCCGAGAAACAAACGCGGUGUGAUACAGGAGCCGAAUGUUGCCAACAAGGCUAAGAGUGACCCGAUACAGGCUAUUCUAGCUGGUGAAGGCGUUGAAUACACUCAUGAAAAUUCGGAAGUGAUUGGGUCGUCUAAAAUCGAGAACGAAAUAUCCCGAUGGGCUGAGAAGGCAAUGGACCCAGAGGGUGGCCUCUCUGGAUUAGCUCUGUUCUUGGAAACCCAGCAAGCUCACUCAGCAAAUGAGGAUCAUAAAUUCUUUCACUCCGAAUUCAACCCACCAGGUGAUGUUAUGCAACGCCAGUUCUGCAGUAUGGCUAAAGAGUUCGGUUUUGCCAGUGUUACAGAAUUCGCUCUUGCCGUCGAGAGCAUGACACAAGAGCAGCGCAGAAACUGCCUCGAUUCGUUCUACAAGAUCCGUGCCGAACAAUUAGGGAAAUCCGAGGACAUUAAUCAUAGAGGUGACAUGAAGAUGGAGGUAAAGGAUAAGAAUCUCGUGAAGACGGAGGUAGAUGAUAGCAACCUCGUGAAGCUGGAGGUGGACGCCGCCGACCCAAAUCACACCGAUAGUUCUUUGGAAUUUAAGGCAGAUGUGGAUAAAGAAGAUCUUCCGGCGCAAAGUGUCAAUAGGGGGAUACAUAACAUCAAGCCAGAGCCUACUGAGAGUCCGCUUCGUAUGCCUCUACCGGUUGUACCCAGCCCGGACGGAGUUAAGCCAGAUAGGCGUUCGAUCUCAAUUUGGCUGUCUGAUGAUGAAGAAACGGAUGAGUUAUGA